UGCGCUCAGAUAUAGAUAGCGCAGAUCUUGCAUAUACAAGAAAAUGACAUUUGUGUUGUAUCGUCAUCAUCGCAAAAGUAGAGUGAGGCAGGGGCCACCCACUCUUUCCCACAGCAGGUUUUUCCCACGCCCUCCAUGGUAACCCCAACAUCCUUUUGCGGCAGCAAUUCCACGGUGGGUGAGAAGGGAAGCUUCACUGUUCUAGCGGCGAGUCGACUGGAGUGGAGGGGCCAAUUUUUAGUGGUGGGAAGAAAGAAUGGGUUUGAGAGAGGUAAGGGAAGAGAAGAUCACUCGCGUAUGACUCGGAUCUUACUCGAAUACUCGCUUUUAAGAGUGUUAUGUGUUGUGCAUUGCUACAGAGAGUCGGAGAUGUUUUCGGGUCGAUUUCGCCAACUGUAGUCAAACAAUAGGCGCACAGCGUUAUUAACUCUCCUCCAUCUCUCUCUGUGACUGUGUUUACGCCCUCUUUGAAAAUAUAAAGAAAAGUUUAAAAAGAACACUUGGAUUUUAUUUACAACUUAUCGUCCACCUUUUCUCCUCACUCUUUUAAUCUCUUGUUUUUGUGUCUAAAAUUUUGAUUAUUCCCGCGAAUUACACUACCAACAUUCGGAGUGUUUUGAGUAUAGGAUUUAAAGAGUUGAAACUAUCGCGCACGUGCAAUAAUAUUCACGCAUCUAAUAUGUUGGCAGGACUGUUCGGAAAAUUCAGAAAGUGAACAGGUGUUUUUUGAAUGGAAAAUGGAUUAGUUUCGGCCAAGCAAAAGAUUGAUCAGAGUGUAUCAGUUUUCUUCUCAAAUACAAUUACUGUAUAUGUGCAAAUGCAAGGAGGUUAAUAUUUGUGAUGAGUCAAUCAUCAGAAGCAGCGGAAAUUAUUUUCAUUCCAAUGAGAUAUGGGAAAGUGCGACAGAAUCUGUCAACCUGAGGUUUACAAUGUGAUGAUGCAUCUACCUUGAGGAUAAGCAGUGAAACUAAGGAAGGGUAGCAAGUUAAAUAUGCCACACCAAUUUGGUUUACCCAUUAUGGCACACGGCAUACAGUCCCCGCCUUCGCCAACAGCUGUUAUGUCGGUAUAUCCUCGCUUCAGUGCUGGCGUCUACCGUCCUGACCAUCAGGAGCAAAGAUUAACACGAGAAGCUAUGGAACGUUAUUUGCGUGAUAGAAGUGACAUGGUAAUCGUAAUAUUACACGCUAAAGUUGCUCAGAAAUCGUACGGUAAUGAGAAACGAUUCUUCUGUCCCCCACCUUGUAUUUAUCUAUUUGGAGACGGUUGGAGAAUGAGGCAGGAGCAAAUGCUUCGAGAUGGGGAAUCCGAACAGUCUUCGCAAUUGUGCGCCUUUAUUGGAAUUGGAAAUUCCGAUCAGGAUAUGCAGCAACUUGAUCUCAACAACGGCAAACAAUAUUGUGCUGCUAAGACAUUAUACAUAUCUGACUCAGACAAGAGGAAACAUUUCAUGCUCUCUGUGAAAAUGUUUUAUGGCAGUGGACACGACAUUGGGGUUUUUCACAGUAAGCGAAUAAAGGUUAUAUCGAAACCAUCGAAAAAGAAACAGUCUUUGAAGAAUGCUGAUCUUUGUAUUGCCAGCGGAACUAAAGUAGCUCUUUUUAAUCGUUUACGUUCACAAACAGUUAGCACAAGAUAUUUACAUGUUGAAAAUGGCAAUUUCCACGCGAGUUCGACACAGUGGGGAGCUUUCACGAUUCACCUUUUAGACGACAAUGAAAGUGAAUCGGAAGAAUUUCAAGUUCGAGAUGGGUAUGUUCACUACGGUAGUACAGUGAAAUUGGUAUGCUCAGUGACUGGAAUGGCCCUACCUCGGUUAGUUAUUCGCAAGGUUGAUAAACAAAUGGCGAGUUUGGAGGCCGACGAUCCUGUUUCGCAAUUACAUAAAUGUGCAUUCUACAUGAAAGACACGGAUCAUAUGUAUUUAUGUCUGUCCCAGGAGAGGAUAAUUCAGUUUCAAGCCACUCCUUGUCCAAAGGAAGCGAACAAAGAAAUGAUCAACGACGGGGCCUGCUGGACAAUCAUCAGUACCGACAAAGCUGAAUACCAAUUUUUUGAGGGAAUGGGUCCCGUCAGAUCGCCAGUAACUCCAGUGCCACUUGUUCACAGUUUGCAUCUUAACGGUGGUGGUGACGUUGCAAUGCUUGAGUUAACCGGCGACAAUUUUACACCGAAUCUUCGAGUGUGGUUUGGUGACGUUGAAGCUGAAACAAUGUACAGGUGUCAGGAGAGUAUGUUGUGCGUUGUUCCCGACAUAUCACUUUUCAGAGGUGAGUGGCUUUGGGUUCGUCAACCGACACAAGUUCCAGUUUCUCUAGUACGCAAUGACGGCAUCAUUUACGCUACUGGAUUGACAUUCACAUAUACACCCGAGCCGGGACCUCGUCCGCAUUGUCCACCUGCCGACGAAGUCAUGAGGGCGCCACGUUCUAUGCAUAAUCAAGCAAGUAUGCCUCCAGCUAUAGCUGAUGUUCCCUGGAGCACACAUCCAUCAACACAAGGAGGACUCUGAUACUUUCUUUUCAUUCAUAAACAGAACCAAAGCACCUUAAGCUAUAGUGCGAAUUUCAUGCCUUCUGUGUUCGACAGCAGUAAAGACGUUUCUCUGAAUAAUCAAAGACUUGUAGAAACGGUGACGAACAAAACAAUUCAUCAGAACCGAAUUUUAGUAGUUUGUAUGUUUUAAUGAAUGUUUCAAAAAUUGUUGAAACGGUGUGUAAAAUAUUAUACAUAAUCUAAAGAGAUAUUACUAGAAAAACGAAUAAAAUUAUUUAUAUUAAAUACAGUAA